GUGUUAAUUUAUAUCAACCGUUCAGGUUCACCUUCAGAUGAUACAUUUGAAUCUUUAAAGCAUUUAAUCAAAAUUCCAAUUAUUUAUUUAUCACAAGAAGAAGCAGAAGAUUAUUUAAAAAACUUUUUAAUGUAUAAAGAAUUAUAUAAUACAAUCAAGAAGCAAGGAUUAGAGGAUAAAAUUAUUGAUAAACAACGGGAUGAAUUAUUUGAAACACUUUCUAUUUCAAAUUUUGAUAGAGAAUUUUUGCAUUCACUCAUUUUUCUAGAUGAUGCAGUGAAAUCAAAACUAAUAACAAAUGAGAAAUCAUAUUUUAAUCAGUUAUUAACUCAAUGUCGACACAUUCAGUGUUCAUUCUUUAUGGCUGUUCAAUACUUCAAAGCAUUAAGCACAAACAUUAAAUCAAACCUGUCCACCCUUUUCAUUUUCAGUGGGUUUAGUCGUCAACAGUUGAACGUUAUGCUUUAUCAAGUGAAUUUACCAAUGAGCAUUAAUGAACUUUACACACAAUAUCAGCAAUUAGGUGAACAUGGAAAAAUAAUAGUUGAUUUAAAUAAAGGAAGUGUUAAAUUUGAUUAA